AACCUUUGACCUUUUGGGAGUUUCCCGCGCUUUUUAGAUGAGGAUGCGCAUUCCAGUCGGAGGGAGAUCUAGGAACGGUCGGUGUUUACUUUAGAGCGACAUCCCUAGGAAGUCAGAGCGGAACCAAAGCAAGAACUACUGCAGUACAGGGUUAGAAAAACCUCACGAUGGCACCACGAUUUCAGGACUUCUGCCACUAUCCACAUGCAGCAUCCCUCUUGAAGGGUUUGCAGGAACUGCGAUCUGACAACCUGCUGACAGAUGUCAUCCUGUGUGUCUCCGGCAAAGAGAUCCCAUGCCACCGCAACGUCCUAGCUGCAUGCAGUGGGUACUUCCAUGCCAUGUUCUGUAACGGACAUCGCGAGAGCCAGGAGCACAAGGUAACCAUCCAUGAAGUCAGCACCAAUAUCCUGCAGCUCCUUGUGGACUAUGCCUACACAUCAAAGAUCAAGAUCACAGAAGACAACGCUGUCAAGCUGUUGGAAGGAGCCAGCUUCUUCCAGAUCCAACCCGUGCACGAAGCCUGUGUGACGUUUGUAUCUAACAAUCUUAGUUCUAAGAACUGUCUGAAGAUGGUGCACAUGGGCAGCAUGCUGUCCUGCCCAGACCUGGAGAAGAGGGCAUGGACCUUUGUCAUGAGACGGUUUGCAGCAGUUAGCACAACUCCUGAUUUUCUUUAUCUGACAAAGGAACAGCUCGUCAAGCUGAUCUCCUCUGACGAUCUCAAUGCUUCAGAAGAAGUAAUUUAUAAAGCAGUCACAGCAUGGAUCAACCAUGACACCAGGAAGAGGAAGAGGGAGAUGAAAGAGCUGAUGGAGCUGAUCAGGUUCCCCUUCAUGGACAGGCUGUACUUCAUGGAGAAUGUGGAGAGCAAUGACGCUGUACGCAAGGCUUGCCAAGACAUCGUGACGGAGACUAGAAAGUACCAGCUGUUCCCGGGAGAGGUUCAGUCACCCCGCACCCGUCCCCGCCGGGCCAGUGGACUGAGGGAGACCGUAGUGGUCAUUGGAGGGACGGAGCUACAGGAAACUGGGCCCACAAAUGCCAUUAUGACGACCACUGUUACCAACCCAUCAGAAUCAAGCUGGACAGUCAUGACAAGAAUGAAGAGGAAUGGCGACAGUGGUUUUGCUGUGGCAGUUCUCGGCAAAAGUGACAUCAUUGUGUCUACCGGCACGAGCUUUGCCAAGGAUGUGUGGCUGUACCAGCCAGAGCUCGACUCCUGGUCCAGACUUGCAAAGAUGAUCCGUGAUCGGUGCUAUCACAAGUUAGCAGUGGUUCAGGGUAAGGUGUAUGCAAUUGGUGGCCAGGAGAGUGGCAUCCCACAGUCGAGGCUGGAGGUCUAUGACAGAAACCAGAACAAGUGGACUGAAGGCAUUCCACUCCCAGAGCCAAGGUACGGCCAUGCUGCAGUGGUGUUGGAUGGCAGGAUAUACGUGAUGGGUGGAUUUGAUGCUGACGGCGAAGCGACGUCUACAGCGUACCGCUUCACCCCAGGAGACGACAAGUGGACAACAAUGGAGAACAUGCCUGCUGUAGGAGGUCAUGUCACUGCUGCAGUUCUCAAAGGCAGCAUCUAUGUAGCUGGACUACAAGCAGGUAUGAUGUACAGGUUAGUCCCCAAGGAAGACCAGUGGAUCAGCUGGGGUCGAACCGGUCCAGGUUGGGGAGUCUAUAAGUUACAAGCACCUGUCAAAUCCAUGUGUGGGAUGACUGCGUACCAGGGGAAGAUCUACAUCUUUGGAGGCAAGACCGAAUCCGGGGGAAGCAAACAGGUCACGUGCUACGAUCCAGAAACCAAGGUGUUCAGGAAUGCAGGGAACAUGCCCAAGGCUCUGUACGGCCAUGCCUGUGUGACCAUACUGAAGUGUUGCUGAUUCAAACAAUGAUGAUGAGAUAAAGUGGACUGUUCUGUACUAGAUUGAUACAAUGUUUGCCACUACAGUUUCACAGCACCAUAGCAUCAUCAUUGUUGGCUUUGAACAAAGAUACAUAAUAGAUCAUGUAUCUUUAGCUAUAGAAGGACAAUUGCAAGAUAAGAUACAGGAUCUCAGGAAGAAAAAGAACUGACUGAACAUGAAUAAAGACCCUACUACAUUGCAUUUGGGCUGAGCCAUAAUACAUAGUACUGAGAUCAAUGAAGCUUCUUUGCAGAUUGAAGAUUUAGUUUUGAUAACAUUAUCAUAUCUUUUUGAUGAGACCAUCAAAAAUUCUCUAGUAACAUUUGUAAUUGGCAAGUUUCAGCAAAUAAGCCAUAGAGUAUGGGCCAUAUAACCCAGAGCCAUGAGUUCCUUUUUUUUCUCACGUUAUGUGUAGUUUGUGCAUGAUUUUAGAUUGCCAGGUGUUUUAUCUAUAGUCUCAUUCUCUGAGGGGUCGAAAUGUCUACCGCCUCAAUCCACAAAAUAGACUGUAAGCGGAAGUUGACCAUCAUUAUAUUUCCACAGAAACUUGUGAUAACUUACCUUUUUAUUAGUCACCUUAGCAUGCAAAACAAGUACUAAAGUAAUCAAGAUAAAAGAUAUAAAGUAGAGAUAGUUUCUGUUGACUUCCAGUGUUUUAUACUCAGCACUUGUGAUAGUACUUAUACUUUGUUCUGUUGUUAUGAGAAGUUAUCAACAAGUUACCGUUGAAGAAAUUUUU